UCUCAAUCCGGCAUUCCUUUUCAUCAAUAUCGUCGAUAUGUGUGUCUCUCAAAAGAUGGAGACCGGUGCUUGCUCGAGGCUGGGAACGAGGUUCAGAACGAAGUCAAUGAUUUCUUUCAGUAACAACGCAAGGAGCGCCCAAUCGGCCGUGAUACGUGUUUCUGGCUACCUGCAGCCAACACAACGGAGAUCAGGGAUGUCGGCGAGAGAAUGCGAUCUGAAAGAGCAGGUGUAGAAGAGGGGGCUUCACUUGAAAUAAUCUGUUGUAUUCCG